UUUUUACUCUCUUAAAUCUUCAAUUACGCCUCUAUAUUUUAGGGGAAUAUUGAGGCGAUAGGCGUAAGUAUUAUAGUACUUGUUUUCUACCCUUGACUUUUCCCAUUAUUUACAACCCUGAGCCUCUCAAUAUUUAUAGUUUUUUACUCUCUUAAAUCUUCAAUUACGCGUCUAUAUUUUAGGGGAAUAUUGAGGUGAUAGGCGUAAGUAUUAACGAGGGAGGCUGCUCGUGUUGUUGCAAUAAUAAGCAAUAAGCACUCCCAAUACAAAACCCUUUUGCUUCUUGGGAGUACCUCUCCUGCUCUCUGCUCAAAAACCAAUAAAAGGAUAUCUUUUCUCGUUCAAGGGUUCUCCAAGAUUCGAUAAAAAGUAGGGAGUUCAAUAAGCAAAAAGAAAUCAAGUUUGAUGGACAAUGAAGUGUAUGUAGAACAACAAGUGCCAUCUGGAGUUCUUACAGGCAUUCGAUUCAAAGUUCUAUCUGAAGAAGAUGCCGAAAAAGCAUCCGUGAAGGAAAUCUCUGUACCAAAUGAAGUAACAGACCCUGCAUUGGGGUUCCCAAAUCCCGCAUCACAGUGUCAUACAUGUGGAGCCAAAGAUUAUAGAACAUGUGAAGGUCACAUAGGCUUAAUAAAAUUUCCGUUCACAAUACUUCAUCCAUACUUCUUACCUGAAGUGGCACAAAUUCUGAAUAAAAUCUGUCCCGGAUGUAAAAACCUUAAAAAAGAUAAGGCCAAGAAAACUGACAUGGAAUCCAUCGUUCAAAUGCCGAAAAUUUGCAAAUAUUGUGAUAGAGGCUUUAGAGAUGUUUAUCCACCUAUGAAGUUUAAAGUUUCCAUGAAAGAUGUAUUUGGAAAGACUGCAAUUGUUGUAGAAAGUUCUAGAAAGCUCAUAUCGGGUAAAAGCUUACCUCCUGAUUAUUGGGAUUUUGUUCCUAGUGACCCUCAACAAGAAGAUUCAUUUUCAUCUUUUAACCGAAGAGUUCUUACACAUGCACAGGUGUAUCAAAUACUCAAAGAUGUUAAUCCAAGCUUUCUCAAAGGGUCUCUAGGAAAAAAAAACAAGAUUUUUCUCCAAAGCUUCCCUUUAACUCCCAACUGUCAUCGUGUAGCAGAGUUUGGACAAAAUUUGACAUUUGAUGAACGCACAAGAGCCUAUAGAAAAAUGAUUGGUUUUCGAGGCACUGCAAACGAACUUAGUGCAUGUGUAAUUGAGUGCAUUAAACUUUCAAAGAUUCGGGCAGAGAAGCCUUCAUUUCGAAUGAAUACAAAUGGAAACAAUGAUGAUAAUCCUUCCAAAAUGCAUGGGUUAAAAUACAUAAAAGAAGUAAGUCUUGGAAAAAGAACCGAUUUUUGUUUCAGAAUGGUGUGUGUAGGUGACCCUUACAUAAAACUAAACGAAAUAGGCGUCCCUCAUCAUAUAGCAGAAACAAUGCUAGUUUCAGAGCAACUGAAUUCAUUAAAUUGGGAAAAAAUAAACGCAUCAUGUGGUUUAAGAAUCCUUCAAAGGGGCGAAACUUUUAUCAGAAGAAGAGGAGGUUUGGUUCCAGUUAGAUAUGGAGAUCAGUUAAGAAUUGGUGACACGGUUUAUCGACCUCUUCAUGAUGGAGACAUUGUUUUGAUUAAUCGCCCUCCAUCUAUUCAUUCACAUUCCCUAAUUGCCCUUCGGGUCAAAGUUCUUCCUAUUGACUGUGUUCUUUCAAUCAACCCUCUUAUUUGUUCCCCUUUGAGAGGCGAUUUUGAUGGAGACAGUCUUCAUGGCUACAUUCCUCAAUCUUUGGAAUCUCGGGUUGAGCUUGCUGAACUUGUUUCAUUGGAAAAACAAAUGGUUGAUAAACAAAGUGGUAAAAAUUUAUUAUCUUUAAGUCAUGAUAGUUUGACUGCUGCCCAUUUGAUGUUGGAAGAUGGGGUUUUUUUCAAUCGACCACAGUUGCAACAGCUUCAAAUGUUUUGUGCAAAUCAGAAAAUAAAACUCCCAGCUAUCAUGAAAAAGUUGAAGCAUUCUCAGAUGUUUAAAUCUUGUUUAUGGACUGGGAGGCAGUUGUUUAGUCUUGUUUUGGAUAAAGAUUUUGAUGUCGGUGUAAAUGGGACUGAAAUUAAAAAAGGGGAAUUUGUAAGUGUGUUGAAUCCUUCUUCUUGUUUACAAGAAGGUGAGGAGAAUCUAUACAGCUACUUGAUCAAGAACUAUGAAGGGAAAGAGGUUCUUGAAUUUCUUCAUUCUUUUCAAGAAUUGCUUAUCGAAUGGUUGUCAAUGAGGGGGUUUAGUGUUUCUUUGUUGGAUCUCUACCUUUCUUCUGAUUCACAAACGAAUAUGAAUGAUGAAGUUCUUUACGGGUUGCUUGAAGCAGAGAGGCAAGCUCACGGGCAGCUGUUAAUGGUGGAUCCCCAUCAAGAUUUUCUGACCGGAAACCUGCCCGAAAAUGAAGCAUACAAUGAAUUGGAUUCCAAUAAACUGUGUCAUGAUCAGCAAACUUCAGCUGCAUUAAGUCGGGCAUCAGCUUCUGCUUUCAAGGAAGUGUUUCGUGACAUUCAGAAUCUUAUUUACAAUUAUGCCACUAAAGAGAAUUCGUUUCUUUCAAUGUUGAAAGCAGGGAGUAAAGGAAACAUGUUGAAGUUUGUGCAGCAUAGUAUGUGUGUGGGGUAUCAACAUUCUUUGGUCCCACUUUCCUUCCACUUUCCUAGAGACUUCUCUUGCAUUUCAUGGAAUGAUCACAAAAGGGCAGUUUCGUCUUUUCCUUUGGGGAUAGACCGGUAUGUUCCUUAUGGUGUGAUAAAGAGCUCGUUUUUGUCGGGUCUUAACCCGUUGGAGCUUUUUGUUCAUUCGGUGACAAAUCGGGAUGCUUCGUUUGGUGGACAUGCGGAUAUUUCCGGAACUUUAUUUCGAAAAUUAAUGUUUUUCAUGCGAGAUAUUUACAUUGGAUAUGAUGGAACAGUUAGAAGUUGUUAUGGGAAUCAACUUGUUCAGUUUUCUUAUGGUCAAAGCGAGUCACUUUUAGAGGAGGCUGAAUGCGGUGCUCCGGUGGGUUCAUUGGCGGCAUGUGCCAUCUCAGAGGCGGCUUAUGGUGCCUUGGAUCAACCAAUCAGUGCACUCGAGAAUUCGCCUCUGUUAAACUUGAAGAAAGUGCUUGAAUGUGGUGUAAGAAAGCUUAGUGGUAACAAAACUGCAUCACUUUUUUUGUCUCAAAAACUUAAAAGAUGGACGAAUGGAUUUGAAUAUGGGGCUAUAGAUGUUAAAAACCAUUUGGAGAAGUUAUUGUUUCAAGAUGUUGUUUCACUUGUAACCAUAUUCUAUUCCCCACAAACUGGAAAGCGUGCUCAUGUUAGCCCUUGGAUUUGCUAUUUUCGUAUAAGCAAGGAAGCUGCUUGUAGAAAGCAACUAAAAGUGCAGUCAAUUAUCAAUGCUUUGAAGUUAAAGUGCACUGACUCUAUCAAAUUGAAGAAAUUAAAACUCACUCUACCGAAAUUACAGAUAGCAUCCAAAAAUUAUCCAGAAGAUGAUGCAAUGAAUGAGAAUGAUGAAAAUAUUUUUAUUACUGCUCAAAUAAUCGAAGACUCGAGCAGUUCAUUAGAUCUCCUUCAAGAUGUAGUCGUGCCAUAUCUUCUAGAAACUGUUAUAAAAGGAUCUUCAAACGUGAAGAAAGUGGACAUCUUGUGGCAAGAUUAUCCAAAAACAUCAAAAUCUUGUAGAGAUUCUUCAGGUGAACUUUAUUUGCGUGUUUUCAUGUCUGAAAAUUGCGAAAGAAGGAAUUUCUGGAGGUUUUUAGUGGACGAUUGUAUCCAAAUCAUGGAUAUGAUUGAUUGGGAAAGAAGCCAUCCAGAUAGCAUUGAGGAUGUGAUUUUGGCUCAAGGAAUUGAUGCAGCAAGAAACCAUUUUCUCUCUACACUAAAAUCAGCCAUAGCAGAUACUGGAAAAAGCAUACUUCCAGAACAUUUGGCUCUAGCUGCAGACUGUUUAUCAGCUACAGGAGAAUUUGUUCCUAUAAAUGCUAAAGGCCUAUCGAUUCAGAGAAAACAAAUGUCUGCUUCUUCACCAUUUACCCAAGCAUGUUUUUCCAAUCCUUCCGAUUGCUUUGUGAAAGCAGCAAAAAGCGGAGCAUCAGACAAACUCGAGGGCACAAUCGAUGCUUUAUCAUGGGGAAAAGUUCCCGCCCUCGGGACUGGAUCAAGAUUCGAUAUUAUAUUUUCCGGAAAGGAACAUGAAAUUGAUAAACCAGAAGACGUGUACAGUCUGUUGAGCAAGAGUGUAGAAAUUGAUGAUGAGGUGGCGGUUGAGGUUAAUGAUGAUAAUAAGCAGCAAAGUGGCAACAAAACUCCUGCCCCGUUGUUUCAGUAUCAUAAAUUUGCUGCAGAGGGUGGAACAGACAUUAUGAAAAUGGUGUUGAGAAAGCAUAUUUCGGCUGAAGAUAUUAAGCGAUUGUCUAAAGAUUUGAAGCAUAUACUCUACAAGUAUGAUGUUAAUCACAAGUUGAGUCAAGAUGACAAGCUUGUUGCAUGGAAAGCUUUGUUAUUGCACCCUCGAAGUGACGAGAAGAUUGGAGCCGGGCCCUACGAAAUUAAGGUGGGGAACCACUCGAAGCAUGGAAAUACACGAUGUUUUAUUCUGGAAAGAGUAGAUGGAACAGCUGAAGAUUUCUCGUAUCACAAAUGCAUACAUCAUGCCUUGAAAUUGAUUGCUCCUGAUGAAGCCAGAUUAUAUGAAUCAAGAUGGUUGAAUGGGAAGAAAUAUUAACAACAAGGGUUUGAGUUUUUGUUUUAAGAAAAAUCUAUGAUGUAAUAAUAAAUAUGUGUUCUUUGUUUUAUAUAAUUAGGGGGAAGAUGUUCUUCAGCUUCUUUUUGCUGCUUCCACUGAAAUUUGUUUGCGGAGAAGAACCUGGCGAGGAAGUCUUAGUGGAAGUAGCAACGAGAAGCUUGGAACAAUCAAAUAAUCCCCCCAUUUUCCUCCUUCCUUCGUUUAAUGUCCUUGUAUUUUGGUUUAACUUUGUUUUCCUAGUUGAAAUGUCACUUUAAGGUCGAAGGUUAUGAGAAUUAUACUUUGGUCAA